AUGCGGCAGACGACCAUGCUUAUUGGAACUAAGAUACCCCGUCCUUGGAUGUUUUUGAGUGACGCCUGGCAACAUGACAGCAGCAUUGUGAUACCUCCCGGCUUUCUCGACCUCGCAGAAUACAGAGCAGUAUUGAGAGUACCAAACUAUCUCGUAACAGAUAGCACCAACUACACAGAGUACAUCACUGAAUGCACGCUCAGCCUGACGGCAUAUAACAUGUCGAAAGUCUCAACGGAUGGAAAUACCUUCACCGUGGGCUCUCGACAGAGAAUCUCCAUUGGAAACGCAUAG